GCUGAAGCGGCUCAUCACCACCACCGCUCCCCUCCCCCGCGUGGCAGCAUCACAGGGACGGCCAGCGAGUGUCUUCCACAUCCCCCAAAAAGGCACCGGAAGUCUCUGCCAGCUCCUCCUGUCGUGCCUGCUCUCUUGCAGGCCGUAAACCAUGUACAAAAAAGCCCUGAACGCCUUCUUUCUGAAGGUCCAUCCCGACUUUUUCCACCACGAUGUGCAGCAGCAAACGGUGAACCAGAACGCCGUCGCCCAGCUGAACGAACUUCUCGCUUGGGCACGUGAGUUUAAGCAGGGGACGCUGCGCCCACCGCCGGCGACGACCAUCGCUUUCACCUUUUAUCGCCGCGUAGACGACGCCGACGGCAAACGUGACUCGUCGUUUGCAGGCGCGAUCCGAAGCGGCACAGACGAGGAGGGCGUCGCCUCAACCGGCGCCGAAGGCCGUCCGCAGGAGUCCUCGUUUGCGAAGCGCGGCUUUCUAAGCCCAGAGGGCGGGCAAACCGCGCUGAUCAGCUCGACCUUCGAGCUGCCGCAGGGCUUCGUGGCGAGUGAGCCUAACAGAGGACUGGUGGAGCGCUCUGUCAAUAAGUUUCUGCGCGAUCUGCUGCGCCGGGCAGAGUGCAUCGACUCCGUCACCGAGUCGCUGUCUGUCGCGGAGGACGACGCUGCGGCGCGUCGGGAGGCCAAACCGCUGCGUCGCCGGCCGGAUCCACGGCUAAAGAACAAGAAAGGUAGUCCUAGCGCCAGCAAAACCCUGCUGGACGAGGCGAGCGAGGCCAUCAACACGCAGUGGACGCUGACUAGUGUGCCCACCAUCGAGGAGCUGAUGGACGCCGACCACAUUCUUCUCUCCAAGACGCUCUCUCCCCUUCAGUGCUCGGCGGCCCUGCUGACCCUGCGCAGCUACCUCGGCGAGCUGCACUACGAGCAGUGGGAGUCGAUGCCCCUCAUCAUCGACGACCACUGGGACAUCGGCGUCGAUAUCACUGGCGGAUUGACGGUGCCGUGGGAUUUCACGCCGAUUCAGUUCGUGAGCUUUCUCCAUCAGAACGCUGACGCCGUUGCGAAGUGCCGCACGGCCGCCACCGCCUUCGCCACGGAAGUGGAGCAGCUCAUCACGGAGCUGUGCACCGCCUUGGAGCUGGACGACGUCCUUGUCUCGUGCUCGCACAAGGAGGCCGUGGCGACGCUGCGCCUGCUGCACCGCAAUAAGGAGCUCCUGCACGGGUACGGGCUGACGAACUUGACGCUCGAACUCGGCAUGCGUCACGCGACGCGGGCAAACGGCGUUGUUGUUAUUAACGUGGCGAUGCAGACCACGCAGGAGCUGCGAGAGUGGCUGCAGGCGCUCAGUGGAAAACUGGACUUGCAGCGGAAACUGUACCGCGUGUCGAAGCAGAUGCUGGAGACGACGAUGUGGCACUUGAAGGAGUUUCGCGACAUGGUCGAGCCGGGCGGCGUGGACGCUUUCGUGAACAACGACUGCACAUACGCCGAACGCCUGACGUGGGCGAAGGAGCUCUUUCGCGUUGGACCGGCGUUGGCACACUGGGACUGGCAGGAGUUCACGUUUUUAUUGGGUCCUGAGUUGGAGGUGGAUUGGUCUCGCAAGCAGCUGCUGCUGCCGCCGAAUUUCGACGGCGAUGCGCUGGUGCGCUACGUGGAAGAGGUGCAGCAAGGUGCCAAGGAAAAGGAGAAGGAGGCGCUGCUGAAGGCGAGUGCGAUGCGUCGACUCACCGAGGAAGAGUUGCGGGAGCGCGCCCACGCCGAAGACCUGCAGCUGUCGGACGACGCCGGUGACGCCAGCGACGCGCAGUUUCGGCAGCAGAUGAGAGAGGACGAUCCGUUGGUGCCCGGUGUACAGCCCAUGUCCGAGGCCAUGCGAAACCUCUACAAGCAAUCCAGCCCGCACAUGGAGGAGUACAUGUCCUCCAGCGACAACAAGGUCGACCCGCUGAGCGUGGAGCGGCCCCUCUCGCACGCCGUCACGUUCAACAGCGACACCGAGGCGGAGGAGCAGCUGAAGUGGGAGGGCUUUUACCAGGACCCUUACGUGGAUCAGAUGCCCACCGGUGAUCUGGACGACUUGGACCAUACCUAUCGCCUCACCAAUCGCUGGCACCGCGAGGCGGCCGCGAAGAAGCUUCUGGAGGAGCUGCAGUCUACCUACGGGAAGAAGAGCCGCCGUUUUGACUACCAGAAGAUGGGCGACGUGCUGGAGAUCAACAACGCACGGGUGCAGCCGAAGGGCUUUCCGGUGCUGACGCGCGGCAUGAAGCCAAGCGACGGUUGA